AUGGAUUUUAUGGAUGGAUUGCCCCCUUCGGAUGGAAAAAAUGCUAUCUUGGUUGUGGUAGAUAGACUCUCCAAGUAUGGUCACUUCAUUCCCAUUUCCCAUCCCUACACUGCCACUCAUAUUGCUGAAGUGUUUAUGAAGGAGGUAUUCCGCCUCCAUGGCAUGCCAAAGUCCAUUUUCAGUGACCGUGACCCAGUAUUCCUCAGCCAUUUCUGGACGGCAUUCUUCAAACUGCAAGCGGACCAUGCUCUUCAAGAUCGUAAUGUCCUGCUCCAACUACUCAAGGAUCACAUGGUGGCUGCCCAAAAUAGGAUGAAGACCCAGGCUGAUCUUCACAGGACAGAAAGGGAAUUCAAUGUUGGUGAUUGGGUUUUUCUCAAGUUACAACCAUAUCGUCAGCGUUCCCUAGUUAAGCGACCCUACCACAAGCUCUCUCCUCGAUAUUACAGUCCUUUCUUGAUCAAGAGUCGGAUUGGUAAGGUAGCAUACACACUUGACCUGCCAGCUCCCUGCCGCAUUCAUCCAAUCUUUCAUGUCUCGCUCCUCAAAAAGCGUAUAGGUGAUGGCACGCCACUCACUACUUCAUUGCCAGACUUUGAUGAUCAAGGGGAAUUGUUAUGGCAUCCGGACCGGAUCCUCGACAUGGCUAUAGUGCGCAAAAAGAAGAGGAAUGUCACACACUGGCUUGUCCAAUGGGCUGGUCUUCCUGCUGAGGAUGCCACUUGGGAGGAAGCUCAUACCAUCAAGCAACGUUUUCCUUCCUUUUGUGCCUGA